UGUGUGUCUAGCUCUGGUAACUCUGUGGCCAGGUUCUCAGCCAGCCAAAGUGACGUUGCCGUGUUUGAAGCCCUGGGCUCAGCCCCAGCAGCAAGUUUCCACCACGCCCUGCGCUGGUACAACCAAAUUGCCUCCUACGGGAGUGACAAAACUGCCCUGCCGGGGGUAAAGCCUACACUGGAGGCUGCACCUGCUAAUGAUGAUGAUGAUGAUGUGGAUCUCUUUGGCUCCGAUGAUGAGGAGGACACAGAGACUGCUCGGGUCAGAGAAGAGAGGCUGGCGGCCUACGCUGAGAAGAAGAGCAAGAAGCCUGGCCCCAUCGCCAAGUCCCAAAUCCUGCUGGACGUGAAGCCCUGGGACGAUGAGACCGACAUGAAGGAACUCGAGAAAUGCGUCCGCAGCAUCCAGCUGGACGGGCCGGUGUGGGGCGCAAGUGAGCUCAAGCCCCUGGCGUACGGCAUCAACAAGCUGUCCAUCCUGAGCACAGUUGUUGACGACAAGAUCUCCGUUGACGACCUCACCGAGAAAAUACAAGAAUUUCAGGAUUAUGUCCAGAGUGUUGAUAUUGCCGCCUUUAAUAAGGUCUAGGGNGGGUCUGAUGAGGUCUAGGGUCUG